AGUAAUAUCUAGAAAUUACUCAGUAAAUUAGGACUGAAUCCAAUAUUUUUAAUCAAAUAUAAUUAUAUUAAUUAUAUAUUCUGAUGAGAGAAAACACACGAAUCUACACUGAAAAGCAAACAUACAGCCUACACAACUGAUAAUAGCAAUUCCCACCGGUAAUAUGUUCAAUCCCGAAAAACACGGCCUCCGGCCAGACUUCCAACUAACUAAGUUUUCAACAUUGCGUGGGUGAGGCUGUAAAAUACCCCAGGAUACUUUAAACAAGUAUCUAUUGGGUACAGAAAUUUUAAGAGUCAACCCCACAAUAGACCGAGAAGAACAUGGCGAUGAUUAUAUUGGAUCUGGAAUGGACUGUGCUGUAAUCCCCUUGAAAAGACACCCCAACAUACGUUUAAUUCAAACUGUCGAUUUCUUCUAUCCCCUGGUCAAUGAUCCUUACACAAUGGGCAAGAUUGCUUUGGCUAAUGUUGUGAGCGAUGUUUAUGCCGUAGGCGUCACUGAAUUUGAUAAGAUCGACAUGGUGUUGAGUGCUCCGACUGAGUUAGCCGAAGAGGAACGCAACAUCAUUAUGCCCUUGAUAAUGAAGGGCUUUCGAGAUGCUGCUAGCAAUGCAAAAUGCAGUCCAACGAUUAAACAUUCCGUUAUUAAUCCUUGGUGCAUGCUUGGUGGCAUUGCUUCGGCAGUGGUUAGCAAAGAUGAAGUUAUAAUGCCCAGUAACGCUAAAGCAGGAGACCAUUUGGUAUUAACCAAGCCCUUGGGAACACAAUUGGCAACAAAUGCUUAUCUUUGGCUUUGUGACAAAACCGAAAAGCACACAGAACUUUUGAAGCACUUUACGGAGGAAGAUAUCAUUUUGGCUUUUAAAAUGGCUGUGAAAUCUAUGACAUAUCUAAAUCGGAAUGCUGCCUUACUUAUGCACAAAUACGAAGCUCAUGCUGCCACUGAUGUGACUGGAUUUGGUCUGCUUGGCCACGCACAAAACCUGGCCGAAUUUCAGAAGGACGAAUUGAAAUUUGUAAUCGAAAAAUUGCCUAUAAUUAAAAAUAUUUUGGGAUUUGCCGAAAAACUAAACUACACAUAUGCUAAGUUAAAAGCUGGAAAAUCUGUUGAAACCUCUGGUGGUCUUUUAAUAGCCAUGCCUGCUUCCGCUUCGGAGGGCUUUUGUGAGGAAUUUAAUAAAAUUACCAAUGGAGAACAAAGUGCUUGGGUUGUGGGACAUGUCGCAGAAUCGUCGAAAAGAGAAGCUGUCCUUUGUGAGAAUCCAGAAUUGCUAGAAAUUGUAUUUCCUGUUGACUGUUAAAAUUCUUGUUAUAUUCUAAAUGCAAUAAUCCAAUAGAACUUAUGACGACUAUUCCAUAAAGAUGGUAAAACAUCGGGGAAUGGUCUGAACCUAUUUUUUCUAUUGGUGGACUUGAGGUAGUAUAUAACUCGUUUUUAUAUGUUUGACAAUAAAGAUCUAUAAUUUCUUGUUUAUCUAAAAUAUUGAAAUAA